AUGGACCUCUUCGCAUAUGUUGGCCAGAUAGCUGUUCCCCAGAUUUCUUGUCAGAGACUACCGUGUGCCUCCAGUGCUACAUCAGUUGCCAUCACGAAAGCCAAAGUGGAUUUCUCCAGUGUGGUGUGCCUGCCCCCUUCCGUCAUUGCUGUGAAUGGGCUGGACGGAGGAGGGGUUGGCGAAAAUGAUGAUGAACCAGUGCUGGUGUCCCUAUCUGCGGCCCCCAGCCCCCAGAGCGAAGCUGUUGCCAAUGAACUGCAGGAGCUCUCCCUGCAGCCCGAGCUGACUCUUGGGCUCCACCCUGGCAGGAAUCCCAACUUGCCUCCACUUAGUGAGCGGAAGAAUGUGCUGCAGUUGAAGCUCCAGCAGCGCCGGACCCGGGAGGAGCUGGUGAGCCAAGGGAUCAUGCCGCCUUUGAAAAGUCCAGCUGCAUUUCAUGAACAGAGAAGGAGCUUGGAGCGGGCCAGGACAGAGGACUAUCUGAAGCGGAAGAUUCGUUCCCGGCCGGAGAGAUCGGAGCUAGUCAGGAUGCACAUUUUGGAAGAGACCUCUGCUGAGCCUUCCCUCCAGGCCAAGCAGCUGAAGCUAAAGCGAGCCAGGCUGGCUGAUGAUCUCAAUGAGAAGAUCGCCCAGAGGCCUGGUCCCAUGGAGCUGGUGGAGAAGAACAUCCUGCCUGUGGAGUGCAGCCUCAAGGAAGCCAUCAUCGUGGGCCAGGUGAACUACCCGAAGGUCGCAGACAACUCUUCCUUUGAUGAAGACAGCAGUGAUGCCUUAUCCCCUGAGCAGCCUGCCAGCCACGAGUCCCAGGGCUCUGUGCCGUCACCCCUGGAAGCCCGAGUCGGUGAACCACUGCCCAGUGCCACAUCCGUGCCCCCUACUCAGGUUGUGUCGCAGCUGCCGACGGGCCCUGAAUGUGGAGAGACCCUUUUCCUUGCGGAGCAGCCGCCCCUGCCGCCCCCAUCUCUGCAGCUUCCCAGCCUCCCCAAUGGAACCACGGUCCCCACUGCCAAGCCCACCCCAGCACUCAUCAAGCAAAGCCAACCCAAGUCUGCCGGCGAGAAGUCGCAACGCAGCAAGAAGGCCAAGGAGCUGAAGCCAAAGGUGAAGAAGCUUAAAUACCAUCAGUACAUCCCCCCGGACCAAAAGCAGGACAAGGGUCCCCCACCCCUGGACUCGUCCUAUGCCCGGAUUCUGCAGCAGCAACAGCUCUUCCUCCAGCUGCAGAUCCUCACUCAGCAGCAGCAGCAACACUACAACUACCAGACCAUCCUGCCCGCCCCACCCAAGCUGGCAGGGGAGACCCUGGGCAACAGUGGACCCCCGCCCAUGCGUAGCCUUUCAACCAGCAGUACCAGUUCCAGCUCGGGCGCCCCUGGGUCUAGUGGGCUGUCACGUCAGAACAGCAUCUCGCUGACAGGCAAGCCAGGGGCCCUGCCCACCAACCUGGACGAGAUGAAGGUGGCAGAACUAAAGCAGGAGCUGAAGUUACGAUCACUGCCCGUCUCAGGCACCAAGACGGACCUGAUCGAGCGCCUGCGUGCCUACCAAGACCAGAUCAGCCCCCCUCAGGGGACCGCCAAAACCCCGGCUGCCUCCAUCCUGCCCAAGGCUGGCGAGGUGGUGGUAGCCUUCCCGGCGGCCCGGUUGAGCACAGGCCCAGCAUUGGUGGCAGCAGGCCUGGCCUCCACCGAGGUGGUGGUGGCCACAGUGACCAGCAAUGGAGUGGUGAAGUUCGGCAGCACGGGCUCCACACCCCCUGUGUCCCCAACCCCCUCAGAGCGCUCCCUGCUCAGCACAGGCGACGAGAACUCCACGCCUGGGGACACCUUUGGUGAAAUGGUGACUUCGCCCCUGACCCAGCUCACCCUGCAGGCCUCCUCACCGCUGCAGGUGCUCAUGAAGGAGGAGGGUCCGAGGCCUGGAGCCUGCCACCUGAGCCCAGGGGUGCGGACCGAGCCUGAGGGGCGCGACAAGGACCGCAUGCUGCAGGAGAAAGACAAGCAGAUCGAGGAGCUGACGCGCAUGCUCCGUCAGAAGCAACAGCUGGUGGAGCGGCUGCGGCUGCAGCUGGAGCAGGAGAAGCGGGCCCAGCAGCCCAGCCCCAGCCCGGCUGCCCUGGUCAAGCAGGAGAGCAGUUUCACCAGUUGCCCACUGAGCCGGCUGACCCCGGGCCCUGCACAUCCCUUCAGCCCCAGCCUGGCCACACCCACAGCCAACCACACAGAUGCCAGCACCCCGGCCCUCGUGCCCCCAGCCAUGGUGGUGAAGCAGGAAGCUGGGCUGCCAGAGCCCGCGCCAGUACCCACCCCCCAGCUGCUCCUGGGCCCACGGGGCCCUGGCCUCAUCAAGGGGGUCACACCUCCUACCCUCAUCACCGACUCCACUGGGACCCACCUUGUGCUCACUGUGACCAACCCCCACGCAGACAGCUCUGGUCUGCCCAGCGGAAGCCCUCAGCAGUCGUUGUCCCAGCCGGGCUCUCCAGCACCUGGUCCCCCCACCCAGAUGGACCUGGAGCCGCCACCACAGCCCCUCUUUGGCAGCCCCCCUUCUCUGCUGAAGAAGGAGCCUCCAGGCUGUGAGGAAGCCGUGAACCAGUCACCCACAGUACAGGAGAAGGGCUCCUCCAGCCAGCAGAUGGAUGACCUGUUUGACAUCCUUAUUCAGAGUGGAGAAAUUCCAGCAGAUUUCAAGGAGCCAUCGUCCCUGCCAGGGAAGGAGAAGUCCACGGCACCAGCAACCUGCGCCUCCCCGCUAGCCUCACAGCCCUCGCCCUGCACCGUGCCAGGCUCACCAGCUCUGCCCGGGCGGCUGGAGGACUUCCUGGAGAGCAGCACAGGGCUGCCCCUGCUGACAGGAGGCCACGAGGGCCCUGAGCCCCUCUCCCUCAUUGACGACCUCCACAGCCAGAUGCUCAGCAGCUCCGCCAUCCUGGACCACCCUCCUUCACCCAUGGACACCUCGGAGCUGCACUUUGCACCGGAGCCCAGUGGCUCGGUGGGCCUGGACCUGGCCGAUGGGCACCUGGACGGCAUGGACUGGCUGGAGCUGUCGUCGGGUGGUCCUGUGCUGAGCCUGGCCCCCCUCAGCACCUCGGCCCCCAGCCUCUUCUCCACGGACUUCCUCGAUGGCCAUGACCUACAGCUACACUGGGACCCCUGCUUGUAG